CAUCCUCUACUCCAGACUCCCCUGUGCUCUGGCUUACUUCAGCUGGGACUGUCAGUAAAGCAGCCUUUAGGGUUUCUUGUUCAUCUUGUGGAAGAGAGUGGUGUCUACCCAGGUGAAAAACCCGCCCUCUAGAUACAAUAGAAGCUUCCAACUUCCUGAAACUCCACACUCCACUUCUCCUGAAGCAAGGUAGCACAGAAGAGGAGAAACAGACUUCACACCCCUUCUCCGGAAAGUGUCCGUCCUGCAAUUGCAACAUUCACUAUGCUUUCCAAGACUGCUGUGAAGAAGGAGCCGGACUAUCCGGAAUAUGGUGAAGAUAAAAAACAGAAAGGAGAAAAGAACCCUGAAGUAAAUACAUUCAAAUACUCUUUUCUGAAGUCGCACCCCAUUUCGGUUUCCUUUAGCCCACACGAAACGCUGUGGCAGGCAUUGCAAAGUGAAAGCGACUUCAGCACAAAGUAUGGAAAAAUUCCCCAAACUAAAGACAUUCUAAUCACAGGGAGGGAUUAUUUGAAGGGGAUCGUGCCUGUGCAUUUGCCUUGCCAAUUUAUAGAACCAGGAGAACAUUUUGACAUCACAGAAGUAAAGUUGCCAGAGCGUGAUCAACCGGUAUCAAAGCCUGAGCUGGAUGAAAAUCAUGAGCUGGAUGAAAAUCAAGAGAAAGUUGUCUUUUAUGUUAAACCCAAGGGUAAAACCGAAGCUGAUCAGAAUGCCCAUAGACUAAAAAAUCCAAAUAUUUAUGGUGGAAUCUCAAAUCUCCUCCUGUAUGCGUUCAAGGGGGAGACAUUUACAGAGGCGCUUGACAGAGAUGGGCGAUUUCUUCCUCUGGUAUUUACCAAGGUCUGUUACUUAAGAGACCAGGACAAUACACGGUAUAAUAUAGACUCAUUGGUCAACAGCCACGAUGACAAGGAGUUGACACUAAUCGUGACCAAUAAAAACAAGGAAAAGAAAGAAGUGGUACAAGUUGGUGAACAGGCCACCGAAGAGUUAAUAUCAGGAACUGUAAGUUCACAUUUCAAUGUAGAGGACCCAAGAUCUGGAUCAAGACCCGGUUUUGAAGACCAGGCAUCUACGUCUACAGAUCCAGUAGUCAGGUCCAGAACUUCUCUGGAGCCGAACAAAACCAGAGAGCAGAAGUUGUAUGAUUGUUUUCAAGAACGAUGGAAUGGCUAUUUCAAACGGCACAAGACCCCAACUGGCUCCAAAUUCUGGAAGCAGCAGGCAGAGCAGUUUGGUACCAAAGCCAAGGACUUUCAUGUUGUCAACACCAUCAAAAUGCUGAGCAAUCUCAGUGACUACGCCUGCAUGGUUUGUAUUGACAAUAAGCCUCUUGGAAGUGGUUUUUGGUUCUUCGGCAAGUACAUCCUGACCUGUGAACAUGUUGCCAAGAAGAUGUACCAAGCGCAGUCACCUGAAACGUUUUGCGUCAUCUUUGACUAUUUCACUGUACUUGGCAAACGGACACAGAUCAAGUUAAAACCAUAUAUAGUCGCCUGUGAUCCAAGUCUGGAUUAUGCCUUGCUUGAAAUGGAUAACUAUGAGGUGCAGCUUCCCCCAUUGCUAGAUAAAGUCAUAGUCCCUCCUUCAGAUGGGUUGGUGUACAUUAUUGGACACCCAGACAAUCGAGAGAAAAGGAUAGACCCGUGCUCCAUUAUAGAUAUGAAGGAUCGAGAGAAGGCUUUUUGGGAAUUGGAAGUGACUUUUUUAUUUACGACGCAAGAAUUGAAUAAAUUAUCCAAUAAUGAAUUGCUUAUGUACAACAGCUGCUUCUAUUAUGGUUCCUCGGGCUCCCCCGUGUUUGACUCGGAUGGUCGGCUUGUGUCUAUGCAUCAAGGAGGCUUCCCUUACAAAAACAAUAAAGACCAAAUAGAAAGCUUUCUGGAAUAUAGCCGACCUGUGUUUUAUUUCAUCAGAGACAUGGCUUCAGUCCAGCUAGAUCGAGCAAAUGAAGCAGAGGCAUUGAACAAGGCAAUGACCUUGAUGAUGUUCUUGUUAUUGAAGAGGGCUGAUGAAAAUAAAGAAUUUAUCCCCAUGUUGUGUGAAUUGAUUAAAGAUGGUAACAGGAUCUUGGACAUUCUUCUGGAGUUUCAUAAGUGCAAGGAUCCAAUAACUCAGCAAAUUAUCGAUGCAAUUACUGGGAAUGAUUUAAACAAAUUAAGAUUGUUUGAGGAAAGGCGAAUUUCUGAAACAGUUAGUCUCCAUGUACAGGAACAUCUCCAAAGAGAACACAGCUGAGGGAACACCCUUGUGGUUUAACAGAUUUUUCCCAUUGUAAAUGCUCCGGCUAAAGGAACAGGAACUCACACUCGACUCCCCAGUAAUGUUGUUGAAGCUGACACCCUGGGAUCCUUCAAGAAGCUGCUUGAUGAGAUUCUGGGAUCAAUAAGCUACUAACAACCAAACGAGCAAGAUGGGCUGAAUGGGGCCUCCUCUCGUUUGGAAACUUUCUUCUGUUAUUAUGUUUUGCACCCCAUUGGAGGAAACACUUUGAAAAUAAAGCCUCAAUUUUUUUUCAGGGAAUGCAAAAAAGAGAGAUUUGAAUCGGAUCCCUCUAUAAUAAUUUCUCUAUUUCUUUCCCCUCCCCUUCUCCUCUCUAUAACUCUUCCCCUUUUCACCUCUCUCCCCUUCUAUCUAUCUCUCUUUCUCCUCUGUCUCCCAUCCCCCUCUCUCCCUCUCCAUCUCCUCUCUCUUUCUGGUUUAUUCAAUCUCUUCAAAACUGUCUGGUCAUCAUGAGAGUAAUCUAGAGCUGCUGCAUUUUCAUGUUAUGUAGGUGUGCUUUGCUAUUUUAGUUAGUUAGUUAGUUAGUUAGUUAGUUAGUUUAGCCAGUUAGUUUAUUAACGUUAGUUUAUCAUCAACAUUAUUAUUAUAGUUUAUUAACAUACACUUUUCCUUAUUCUGUUCAUUUCAUAUGUUGAUUAUAAUUAAGAAAGAAUUGGUGGCUGGUUUACUUUACAUUUCUAUUUUAAUGGCUAAUUAAAAGUUUUGAAUCAUUAAUCGACUUAUCUACGGUUAUUUUAUUGUGUGGUUUUUGAAGUAAUUGAAGUAGUAUUUUUAAUAUUUUGUGAGUUUUUUUCACUUGAUUCAUUUUUAUUAUAAAACUUGUCGUUUUUAUAUUUCCUGAAGUUAUCUAUCACUUUUACAUUGUAUCCACUAUUCCAAAUAAAGUAGCACUUGCUUCAGACCAUUG